AUGAAUCCAAUGUGGAAGGUCUAUAAGAGCAAAGUGCUGAAGACCCUUAACCCUGAGUAUGAGGAGGACGCUGCUGAGGAGGUCACAGAGGUGGAGAAUGACAUGAUGAGUCCAGUGCAGGAGGAUGAGGGACCCAACGCUGUAUCCCAGCUGGCCAGGAAAAUGCAGGGGGCCGGGACUAAGAGCUGGAACAGGCUAUCAGCCAUCUUCAACAAAGAUGAUGAACACCAGCUUCUCGAGGAGACCGAGAGCCCGCCAGUCGCCGACCAUCCACUUGCAGUAAAGCCGGAGGAGCCCCCUCGACCCACCAGGCGCUCGGGAUUCUGGGAUAGCUUUGCAACCAACUGGGCCGCCAAGAAGCAGGCGGAAGCCGCAGCCGCUGCCGCUGCAGCCAACGAGGCGGCGGCAGGGCAGGGUGAGGAGGGGGUGACGGGGGCCGUAGGAGAGGAGAGCCAGGAUGGGCAGAUCACUGAGGGAGAGGAGAGGAGCGGGGACGCGUCCUUCAAGUGGAACUUUGUCACCAGCAAGCUGGCAGAUCUGAAGACCAAGACCAACUAG